CUUUUUUUCUUUAUUAUUCUUCUCCAUUUCUUUUCAUUUUCAUUUUUCUUUCGACGCAAGAAAAUGCUACUCUUCAGUUCCAAUCUCUAAACCCAAAGAGCAAAGGACUUAGCUCUGUAUAUGCAGAAGAAUCCAUUAAACGAUUGUGGGUAGGGUGUAGUUUUUCUCUGAAAAUUUUAGGGGGUUUGACAAAGUUUUUCUGCUGUGAUCACAAGGUGUUUGCGAAAUGGCCUCAAAGAGAAUUUCAGGACUGAAAAUUUUCUUCUCUUCUGUCAACUCGGCCGCUCGAUUUGAUUUAGGACCGUCUGUUGCGUACACGAGCAAAUGCUAUCACACUAGAGAGUCGACGAAUUUGCAGAGAUUUGACCAGAAUCGUUUUCAUAGGCUGUUACAGAAUCCGGGCUUUCAAGGCAGUGUUUCUUUUGCCGGGAUCAACCCAUCGAUUACGCAUCGUUUAUUUUCAUCAUCUGCUAGUGAAGCUAAAGUUAGCAUUCCUCGAAGCACCGAUUCAGGUUUAAAUGGGAGUAAUGGUGGUUCUGGUGGAGAUGAUUGGAUUGAGAAAUUCAAGGAAGUUAUGCAAUCUUCAAUCGAAAAGGCAAAAGAGGCGUCUAACGAAGCAGCUCCACAUAUUCAACAAUGGUUAGAUACUCAGCUUCAUCGCGGAGAAUUAAUUGUACCUGUGGGUGGUACUUUGGCAGGGACUUUGUUGGUCUGGUUUUUGUUGCCAAGGCUUUUUAAGCAAUUCCAUAAAUACUUGGCGCGAGGCCAGAGUGCUUUGUUAGCAGAGAGCUCAUGGGGGAGGUCUUGGUGGGGCCCCGUUCCUUACGAGGAAAGUUGUUGGGGUGCACUGGAGGUUCCGGUUCGAUAUUGUAUAACUUCCAUUGCAUUCUUGGAAAUAGCUACAAUGGUUGCACCAAGUGUUAUUGCUUCGCAGUACGUUGCACAGGCUUGGAAGGGCACUCUUGUCAUUUCACUUUUCUGGUUCUUGUACCGGUGGAAAACAAAUGUGAUUAACCGAGCCCUCGCUGCUAGGACCAUAGAAAGAAAUCAUUUGUUAACUUUGGAAAACGCCUCAACUGUUGGAAUCUUUGCUGUGGGGUUGAUGGUUUUAGCCGAAGCGUGUGGAGUGGCAGUGCAAUCUAUUCUGACAGUUGGAGGCGUAGGAGGAGUGGCUACUGCUUUUGCAUGUAAAGACAUACUUGGGAGUGUUCUUAGUGGUCUCGACGUACAAAAUUCUAAACGGUUUUCGAUGGGCGACACAAUUAAAGUUGGAAAUGAAGUAGGUGAAGUGGUAAAAAUGGAUCUCAGAACUACAUCAUUGGUUACUUCAGAAGGUUUUGCUGUUACUAUCCCAAAUUCUAUGUUUUCAACCCAGCUCCUUGUAAAUAAGACGCCGGCCGAUUGUUGUUCCAUAGUCAGAAAAAUUCGUCUGCAAACUGAUGACAUGGACAAGAUUUCUCAAAUAUCCGAGAAUAUAAAGUCCGCGCUCAGAUCUAAUCCAAACGUGUUCUUGGAAAAGGAGGCCCCUUACUGUAUAUUGUCGUAUAUUGAGGAGGGAUCACACUCAGAGCUGACUGUUGGAUGGAAUCUUAAAAAAAUGGACAAAGAUGCAGUGCAUAAUAUUUUUCUAGAAGUCGGUCGGAUCAUCAAGCAGUGAAGAAAUUAUCGGUUUUUCUUGUCUGAAUCGAGUCACGUGACCAAAUGCUAACCGUGACACUAUCACAAUGUGAACAUGUACCUCGUUUUUACUCACAUUUCGACCGUCUUUUUUGGAUUCUUUUCAAGGAUAUCAAAUGACUGUGUGUGGUAUGUGUAUUUGUGUACGUGUGUGUUAGCCUAUAUUGGAGAUAUAAAUAUGAAAUGAUACAUUUCACUAAGAGCUUAAGCUUUUGGUUGAGAUGGUCAUUCAACUCAGUCCAAAUGAAUAGGUAACGUAGAAUUUUGAGUUGGGGCU